UCAGCACCUUUUUAAUUCUUCAUCGCGUGGCUGAUUGAUCCCCCCCGCACAGACACUAAAGAUUAAGACGGUGACAAACAGGCGGCUGCUUACACAGCGCCCGCACUAAUCUGCCUUGAAGAGAGCACAGCCACAGCCCCAUCCUGCAGAGCGGGGACGGGGACAGCCCAGCAUGGCUGCGUCGCCGGAGGGGUCGGUGGUGAGUGCCGGGCUGGAGGACAGCCCCUCGGGACUGAGCCCGGCCCCUGGCAAGGCGCUGAGCCCUGUGCUGCUGUGCAAGGUGUGCGGGGACACCAGCAGUGGGAAGCACUAUGGCAUCUAUGCCUGCAAUGGCUGCAGCGGCUUCUUCAAGCGCAGUGUCCGCAGGAAGCUCAUCUACAGGUGCCAGGCAGGGACAGGGCUGUGCCCAGUGGACAAGGCACACCGCAACCAGUGCCAGGCAUGCCGGCUCAAGAAGUGCCUGCAAGCCGGCAUGAACAAGGAUGCUGUGCAGAAUGAACGCCAGCCCCGGAGUACAGCUCAGGUCCGCCUAGAUAGCAUCGAGCUGGAUGCCGAGCUGGCCCCAGAGCAAGUGGCUGCCACGCGUGAUGUCCCCCGGUUCCCGCCCGGCCCCCGUGGCCCCGGGGCUACUGCUGCCACUGCUGCCGUUCCCCGCACACCCACACCGCCCACCAACCACCGCUUCAUGGCCAGCCUGAUGACAGCAGAGACUUGUGCCAAGCUGGAGCCUGAAGACGUUGAUGAGACAGUAGAUGUGACGGGUGGUGAGCCUGAGCGGGCGGGCGGUGAGUACCAGGUGGCCCCGUACCCAGCAGCUGGUCCUGAAAAUGUCUACGAGACCUCGGCACGUCUCCUCUUCAUGGCUGUCAAGUGGGCAAAGAACCUUCCUGUCUUCUCCAAUCUGCCCUUCCGGGACCAGGUGAUCCUGCUGGAGGAGGCGUGGAGCGAGCUGUUCCUGCUCUGUGCCAUCCAGUGGUCCAUGCCCCUGGAGAGCUGCCCGCUGCUGGCCGUCCCUGAGCCGUCCCCCGGCAAGCUGCUGCCAGCUGCUGUGGACGUGCGGGCGCUGCAGGAGACCCUGGGGCGCUUCAAAGCACUAGCGGUCGAUCCCACCGAAUUUGCCUGCAUGAAGGCUGUGGUGCUCUUCAAGCCAGAGACCCGCGGCCUGAAGGACCCUGAGCAGGUGGAGAACCUGCAGGACCAGUCGCAGGUGAUGCUGGGCCAGCACAACCGCUCCCACUACCCCGGGCAGCCCGUCAGGUUUGGGAAGCUGCUGCUGCUCCUGCCGGCGCUGCGCUUCCUCUCCUCUGAGCGCGUCGAGCUGCUCUUCUUCCGCCGUACCAUCGGCAACACCCCCAUGGAGAAGCUGCUCUGCGACAUGUUCAAGAACUGACCCCUCCCUGUCGUCACCUGGCCGCUACUCGGUGUCUUUUGGGAUACCCCGGGCUGUUUGUCCCUCUGUGCUGGUGGCACUCUGUCAUCCCCGGCUCUCCUGGGGGUGUGGAUGUCCCCAGGCCAGCAGCCAAGUCCUUGGGGUGCUCCCAAGUGGUGCAGGAGGCGGGGUGGCAGGGGGACAUCUCCAGGUGGCACCAGGAGGACCUCACGGGAUGGGCACCUCGAUGGGUGCUGCUGUCCCCAACCCAACCCUGAGCACUGCCUGGACGUGGUGUCAGCAGCGCCCCAUCCCAGGGACAUGACACUAGCCUGGGGGUGGCACUGGUGGGGGACAUGUGGGGACAGAGCUGUGUCAUCCCGUCCCAGGGGACUUGCAGCCAGCCCCCCGUUUUGUACUCCGAAUAAAGAGGGCUUUUGCAGACAGCCUCCUCGUGCCCUUCUCUCAGGGUCCGGCACUGGGGACAUUGGGGACAUGGGGCCAGAAUAUCCAGCUGAAAACCAGAUCUCCAGCUCCAAAAAGAAAGCCAAGAAACAACACCCAC